CUCGCAGUUUCCGUCGGCCGGGUCUCAUAUCGCUAUCUAAUAAUAAAACGGGUGUACAAUAUUAAUUACAUUUACCACCGUAACGCGUCCCGAAUACCGUAGCCCGCCACGAUACAAGAAAUUUCGCCGUGACACGAUGGCGACCGCCGUGCAGGUCGCGUUGACGUCGCGCUCGUCCAUGUUACUGGUGUUGUUGUGCGCGACCUGUUGUCCGUCGUGGGCAGCCGAGUCGGCCGCGGCUUCCGGUCGUUCGAAUCACCAGAAACGCAGCGGCUCCGACGGCUCGGUAUUCUCGUAUGGCCACGGUUUCCAACAACACUCGUACGGCGGCAGCGGCCAACAGCUGCAAAAGCAAUACCCGUCGUUUCAGUCGUCCGCAGAACACGGCGACGACGACUAUGACGGCGGCAGCAGCCAUCAGCAGCAACAGUACCCGUCGUUCAAGUCGUCCGCAGAGCACGGCGGCAACUACCAGGAACAGUACCCGUCGUUCAAGUCGUCCGCAGAGCACGGCGGCAACUACCAGGAACAGUAUCCGUCGUUCAAGUCGUCCGCAGAGCUCGGCGGAACCUAUCAGGUACAGUACCCGUCAUCUCUGUCAUCCGCGGAACACAGUGGCGGCGGUAGCAGUGGCUAUCAGCCGCAAUACUCGUCGUUCCAGUCCGAACACGGCGACAGCGGUAGUCUAAAACUGCCGGAAUAUUAUAGCGGCGGCGGCCAAAAGACGUCGGGAUAUUAUGGAAACGGCGAGGGGCACUUGCAGCAUCAGUACAGUCAUCACGAUGAACCCAAAGUGUCAGUGAUCGAGAAGAAGGUACCAGUGCCUGUGCACGUACAAGUCGAAAAGCCCGUACACUACGUCGUCCAGGUUCCAGUAGAUAAGCCACGUGCCGUACACAUACCUAAACCGUACCCGGUCAAGGUGGAGAAGCCGGUCCCGUACCCGGUCAAAGUGUACGAGCCGCAGCCGUACCCGGUGGAGAAGAAGGUGCCCGUGGCCGUCAAGGUGCCGUACGACCGGCCCGUACCCGUGCACGUCGACAAACCGUAUCCCGUGUACAAGGAGAAGGUAGUCCGGUAUCCCGUGUACAAGCAUGUGCGCGUCCCGGUGAAGGUGCCGUACGACAGGCCGGUACCCGUCCACGUGCCCGUCGUCAAGAAGAUUCCGUUCCCGUUCGACAAGCCUAUCCCCGUACCAGUCAAGGUGCCGUACGACAGGCCCGUGCCGUACAACGUGUACAAGAACGUGCCCGUGCCCUACGAGAAGCCUGUCCCGUACCCGGUAGAGAAAAAAGUACCGUACCCGGUCCGUGUCCCUGUUCACGUACCCGUCCACGUGCCGGUCAAGGUCGAACAUCACCACCACAAAGAGCCAGAAAAGUUCACUCAACAUGACGCCAUAGUAGGUUACGGCGGCGGGCACAACAAUUACCAACAACAAAACGAUGACGCCGCGUUCGUGUACGAUCAUCACGACCAACAACAGUACUCCGACGGCGGCCAACACGGCCUGCAACAACAGUACGCCGACAGCCAUUUCCAUAAGCGGCAGUACUCAGGCGCCGCUGAUCAUAACCAGAAACACGGCCGUUCGUACUGAUCACGCCGGCUUUACGUUGAAACUACUUGAUUGUACUUUGAUUUGUUGAUGUAUUAUUAAUUUUUUUUAAAUAAUUUUUUAAGUAAUACGCUUGUGAUAUUACAAUACCUAUAUUUAUAUGUUAUAACGGUGUAAAUAUUAUGAAUAAAUUUUACGUCGAAUAUAAAUAGUCAUACGCUCGAAAAA